AUGUGGCUCAAAGGUUUACUUGUUGAAAUGUGCGUUAUAGGAGCAGAUGAACAAAUUGUUUUGUAUGAAGACAAUCAAUCCUGCAUCAAAAUUGCUGAAGAGCCAAGAAAACAUCAAAGACUUAAACAUCUAGAUACCAAGUACAAUUUCAUUAAUGAAUCAAUUGCCAACAAUGAAAUAAAAUUGGAGUAUGUUCCAUCAGAAAAUCAGCUAGCUGACAUUCUUACUAAACCACUGUCGGCUUCAACAUUUAUGAGACUGAAGAAACUUAUUGGUGUCAAUGAAUACUAA